GCUUUUCAAGGACGAAGGGAGUCUUCAGUGGGGCUGUCUGUGUCUUUCACGUGGGACAUUUCGAUCCUCUAAAGGUUGUCUAGUUUACGAAUCAAACCCGUCAGAACAUGGACAGCUUUGGGUCUGAUUUCUCUUCGGUCUCCUCCGGUUCCGGCAAGGUGGACACCGGUACGAUCAUGGAGCAGGUGAAAGUGCAGAUAGCCGUGGCGAACGCACAGGAGCUGCUGCAGAGGAUGACGGACAAGUGCUUCAAGAAGUGUAUCGGAAAGCCAGGCGGCACGCUGGACAACUCUGAACAGAAAUGUAUCGCCAUGUGCAUGGACCGCUACAUGGAUGCGUGGAACACGGUCUCGCGGGCAUACAACUCCCGGCUGCAGAGGGAGAGGGCGCGGAUCUAGCCCUCCCAUGCUGCACCCUUCCUGGGCUCGUGCUCGAGGUACAGACAGGCUGUGGGACACCCACCCAGGAACGCUCAACACCGUCCGGCCUGGACUGCCGUGCCUGUGCUUUUCAACUGCGGGGGAGGACAAAGGCUCUUUGGCCUUCCUGCACCGACGGCGAUGUGUCGGGUUUUUACACCUUCAGAUCCUUUCAGUUUUGUUGACCCUUGAGCCACGAGAGCAUGGCCGAUGAGCGGCGUGGAAGAAAGACUGAACGGUUCACCACUUCCCGCGUGUUCCAGUGCAGUCGCCCAGGGGCUCUGUGGGAAAUCGUUCACGGUGUCUGAUCUGGUCGCUUUUCUGGCCCACUCCUGCAAACGAGAUGCCGUCUUCAGUGCUGUGUUCCUCCUCGUCGGUCCCAGGCUGUCUGUUGAGUGCUAGGUGGCCCGUACGGUCAUUUCUAGUCCUGCGGAGGAGACUCGGUGGGAGACGCCGAGGUCAGUUCCACGCUGAAAAGUAGAAAGAAACAACGUUUUGGCGCCCAUGGCAGCGCCUGUAGGAGUCUUGGAAGCUGGAACGUUGCUUUGUCUUUCUGUCUGCUUUUCAGCGCGAACCACUCCUCCUUCUAUAGCAGCCCUCAUGCUGACACAACUCCCCACUUGCAGUCGUCCCCAGACCACGCUGUUUUCAGUGCCGGCCUCAGUCGCUCGCACAGGCAUCUUGGCCAUGACCAUUUCGCGACCGUUUUGCAGAAUAAAGGAACGAAUGAACUUA